AUGUCCCAACAAGAAGCUGGCAAAGGAUCACUCAAAGACCUCGAUAAAAAGAGCAGAGAGGUAUUUAAACCUAUUCUAGAUAAUCCAUUCACACAGGGCCCCGAUUAUCCUGCUCUUCCUAAAGAAACUGCAAGAGCUAUACUAGACUACCUACUUCAGCUCUUGCCAAGUUAUGGAAACUACUUGAGUUUAAAGAACAAAAAGGGCGUCGAACCCCAUGCUUUAAAUAAUAAGAUCACAUUAGGAUUCAAUUCCACAGUCCAGGCAUUAGAAGCACAAGCUUCUACCAACAGACAGAAGGUAUUCAAGAAGCAGAAAGUGACCAGCAAAAAAUCAUCCAUAGAUGGCUACGUCAAGUAUGUUUUCGUUGCAAGAAACGAUAUAUCGACACCACUUCUUACCAGCAUGUUCCCUCUUCUAGCAUUUUCAGCAUCAAAGUCACCACAGAAUAGAGUAAAGCUCAUCGACCUACCGAGGGGAUCCAUGAACAAAUUGCUGGAAGUGCUUCAUACGCCCAAUGUUGGCAUCAUUGCAUUGCUGGAGGAAUGGAAAGAAGGAAAGGAGCUAUUUGCAAUGAUUGAGCGGGAAGUCAAGGAUGUGGAAGUUCCAUGGCUCCAGGGUCUUUUUGAUGGUCAGUUAGACUUGUUCGAGAAACCGGCAAUCAAGUUCCUAAAGACAAAGACUCCUCUAGGGAAGAGGCCAGGGAAGAAGGAAAGAAGACAGAAGACGAAGGAGAGCCUUGAGAGGAAAGCCAGGGAGAAGCUAGACCAGGACAAGGAUACGGUCAGCGGUAAACGCAAGGCAGAAGAUACACCCACCGUUGCAAAGAAGGCAAAGACGGAAUAG